CAUUAAUUAUCGUUCCCUCGCCCCAUACAAACAGAGUGUUAGAAUAUCACUCUUCCACAGCUACGGUUCAACAAGCUUUAAUGCGCAUGGCGUCCUUUCGGAAGCUUGUUCCACUUCGCUCCUUCUUCCAAAAAACAAACGUUUCUCCUUCCGGUGUCUACUUCAACUUAGGGUUUGCAGGAAGCCCUCGCAGUUACAAUGCCGUCCAUUCGACCGAAGCAACGCUAUUGAAAUUGGAGAAUGAAGACAGGAGUUGUGAAGCAGGUGGCAACUCAGUUCUUGAUGAUGAGGAAGUAGCGAAAAUUCGCCGCGAGUUCGAUGCAGCGAAACAGUGUUUCCUCAAGAUUCCCGAGGCCCUUAAGGGAAUGCCUAAAAUGGAUCCCGAAGGCAUAUAUGUUAAUAAGAAUCUGAGAUUGGAUAGCAUCCAAGUUUAUGGGUUUGAUUACGACUAUACAUUGGCACAUUACUCUGCUAAUUUACAGAAUUUGAUAUAUGAUCUUGCCAAGGAGCAUAUGGUUAAUGAGUUUAGAUAUCCUGAGAGAUGUAUGGAUUUCAAAUAUGAUCCAACGUUUCCUAUAAGAGGUCUCUACUAUGACAAGAAAAAUGGGUGUCUCUUGAAGUUGGAUUUCUUUGGGUCGAUUGAACCUGAUGGAUGCUACUAUGGGCAUCGCAAGCUCACGCAUAAGGAAAUAGAACAGAUAUAUGGUACACGGCAUAUCGGUCGUGAUCAAGCACGUGGGCUUGUUGGCUUGAUGGAUUUCUUUUGCUUUAGUGAGGCAUGCCUUAUUGCAGAUGUAGUGCAACAUUUUGUAGAUGCCAAGCUGGAAUUUGAUGCAUCAUACAUCUAUCAAGAUGUAAAUCGUGCAAUUCAGCAUGUUCAUCGUAGUGGGUUGGUUCACAGAGGAAUUCUUUCUGAUCCUUAUAAAUAUCUUGUGAAAAAUGGACAACUAUUUUGCUUUCUAAGGAUGCUGAGAGAGAAAGGAAAGAAGCUUUUUCUGUUGACAAACUCUCCUUAUUAUUUUGUGGAUGGAGGCAUGCAGUUUUUGUUGGAGGACUGCAUGGGUCACAGAAACUCAUGGAGGGAACUUUUUGAUGUUGUGAUUGCUAAAGCCGAUAAACCUAACUUUUACACGUCUGAGCAUCCGUUCCGCUGUUACGACACAGAAAAGGACACCCUAACCUUUACAAAGGUGGAUAAGUUUCUCCCAGAAAAAGUUUAUUACCAUGGAUGCCUCAAAUCCUUUCUCCAAAUUACUAAGUGGAAUGGCCCGGAGGUGAUAUACUUUGGUGAUCACCUAUUUAGUGACUUGAGGGGGCCUUCAAAGGCUGGUUGGCACACUGCUGCCAUAAUCCAUGAACUAGAAAGUGAAAUACAUAUACAGAAUGAUGAGACUUAUCGUUUUGAACAGGCAAAAUUCCAUAUCAUUCAAGAACUUCUUGGGAAAUUGCAUUCAACUGUAGCUAAUUGUAAGAGAAGUGACUCAUAUCAAUUGCUUUUAGGGGAGCUAAAUGAGGAGAGGCAGAAGGCGCGGGAGGUAAUGAAGAAAAUGUUUAAUAAGUCCUUUGGAGCCACUUUCCUUACUGACACAGGUCAAGAAUCUGCUUUUGCCUAUCACAUCCAUCAAUAUGCUGAUGUCUAUACCAGUAAACCUGAGAACUUUUUGCACUAUCCACCUGAAGCAUGGCUCCAUGUACCCUUUGAUAUCAAGAUAAUGCCUCAUCAUGUAAAGGUUCCAUCAAGCUUAUUCAAGAACCAAUAGGAAUAAUCUUCAACAGAAUUCUUUUGGCCUAGUUUGCCAAUUCACAUUCUUCUGUUGCUGCUCUGUUGAUGAUGUUUCAUAAAGUUUCACAAUUAGAAUAGGGAGGUCUGAUCUAACAGUUUUUGCUUCAUCUGGUAGUCAUGGCUUGCUUAUUCUGUAACUCUGUUUUGAAGCUGUAGAGGAUUUAAAGUGAAUUUAUAUAUUUUUUUAUUUUGUUAAUAUGUUAUAUAAAUAAAUAAAAUUAUAAA